AGGCCAAAAUGGUGUACCUGUACUUGGGUCUCCUUCUCUGCACUGUACCCUUGCAACCACCCUGCAAAGGUGGGCUGUCAUGUGGCUGGGUAUCUCCUUGGAGAAGCAAAACAUCCUUUCUGUAUCUGAGGGAAAGUUCCUCAUUUGUCCUAUCUCUUUCGUUUCUCCCUUUCCCCUUUUUUUCUGGCUUUAAAUAAGGUCAGAGUAUUGGAAUUCCCUCAGCAUAUAAACAGCAAAAGGUUUUGCUCACUCAUCACUGCUCCUGAGGGUUCAGAGAAGACAGAGCGAGACCAGCACUUAGAAAGGACAGAAGAGCUGUCGUUAUUUGCAUCUUAAUUAAUUUUUCAGGAUUUGCUGCCUCCAGAUUCUCAAGAAGAUGACGAGUGUCCAUGUAGCUUUGCUUGCACUUUUUUGUGUUCUGCCCUUCACUUUCUGCAGUUAUGCCAUUCAUUAUACAAGCUAUGGGGGGAUCUGUGGAGAUUCAUGUGGCUAUCAUGGUUAUGACUACACCUGGUGCCAACAAAGUGGUGGAAGUGGGAAAUCAUGGGACUACUGUUCCUUAGAGGAUGGCCUGGACUCUUCAGGCCAAGCCUGUGCCUCAUCCUGUGACCUUUGGGGGGGCAACUACCGCUACUGCUACUUAAAAAAUGGAAAAUGGAAUUACUGCGGAAUGGUUGGGCAGACUGAUUUCCUCGAAUAUUCCCAGGAGAACAACUUAUGUAUCAAGAACUGUCGGGCAAUUCAAGGCUCUUUCCAUUGUGAAACAAUCCAUGGCAGUCAACGCUGCUCUCCAUUCCAAGACAUCACUCCUACCGGUUUGCCUUGCCACAAUAACUACCGUUGCGCCAAAUAUGGCCACUCGUCGUACCGCUGCCUUAUUGAUGACAACAAAUCCAUGUGGGAUGUUUGUGGACAGAAAGGCCUGGAUGGGUGUGUUUGGGUCACCUAUGAGAGCAAUUCUUCCCAGGUUGAGAUCUGCACGCUUUCCAACACUCUAAAGGAAGGCAAGGUCAUCUUCCGCAGGGAAAUGCGAACCAACAUGCUCCCUCCUACUAAGGAGGAAUUCAAAAAUGCUGUCCACCUUAUUGAUAAAAUCACAUCAGUCACAAGUCACCCUGACCUUGGGCCCCAGGCAACCACACACUUCUAUAAGCAGGAGGAUAUCUUCUGCAAGGGUGUCAAUUAUACCAGUGUGGAACUGCAUAUAAGAAUCUCAGAAGAAACCGCUGAGCCCAUUGCCCAUGUUGUCUACCCAGCAUUCCUGAACUCUGCACAUCUCUUGCGCUUAGCAUUUUACACCAGCCUCCAUAGCACUUUUUUCCCACCUGCCUAUACCAUUGCUAUGUCUUUUGAUGAGCCAAUGUUGUGUUCUACUGAUCAUCAGUAAGCAAUUGACUCAGCUGACUUGUUUGUACACAUUAUAGUGUGUUUCACACUUAGGCAGUUGCUGUUUUGCCACACUAUCACCACUGUAUUCACUUGUGGAUGCUGUCCUUCCCCUCCCAUUAUUGCAAUAUUAUGUGAAACUCUAAAUCUUUUUGUUGUUGAGUUAGGUCCAACAACAAUUGCCUUCUAGUAACAAUAUUACAUUAUGCUAAUAAGCAGGCAUUUCUCACAGCUGUAACUAUGCUCAGAAGAGAGCACACAGUAAGACUUGUUUUAGAUCAGUGGCUUUUGGGGGCAUUGUUUGUAAUCUCUUAUAAUCAAAAAUACCUAGCAUUAAUGGAAUUAAUAAAAUGUACUAUUGCAGCAUGAAACUGACUACUGAAA